GUAUGUUUUCCCCUUUUGCCCCUUGAUAUCUCGGUGAGUAACAAAAAAAGAGUACGGUUUCCAAUAAAAGAGAGUACAGUAGCAGCACUGCACUACUGCAGCAGUCUCUAUUGCAAAGUUGCAAUACAAAAGAAAGAAAGAGAACCCAGAAGAAAUGGGGAAAAUGCACCAAACUCUGUAUAUUGACGACUACCAGCGCUACCUCAAAGAUCCUCACGCUGCUCGUUUAAAGGCUGGCCAACUCAAUCAGAUUAUCCAUAUACACGGAUUCAUGUACGCUGACAAAAACCGUGACAAGAUUCUGGAAACGUUGGAUGAAAUGGACAACAACUCAUUGAUGAACCCUCUUCGUUCUACAUUAACCGAGACAUUAUCGUCUCACAAUGAUUUCCCUCUUUCAAUGGAUGAGGUGAAUACAGACCUUGAUAUUCUUCAAUGGCGAGACGACGUCGUCUCGGUCCAUUCCCUCCAAUUUCUCUCCUUCUCCAAUGCUGAAACUACCCAGUCCCACCAUAUCAGUUCUGAGAAGAAGAAGAAGAGGGUCAGGAAGCCGAAGCUGAAGCAAAAGCCGAAGGAGGUGUUUAACCCGGUUUAUUUGACAAAACCCAGAUCAAAGAAGAAAGCACAGAAGAGGAAGAGUCUUGCUGAUAUUGGUAAUAGGGGAUUCAUGGGGUGUUCAUCAGUUCUGCUAUUAGGGAAUUGAUUUAGGGGGUUUUGUUUUUAUGGCAUGAGUUUGUAAUGAAGAUUGUGCCUGCAAGAUGUUUGUGAAUAUGUCUAAACGAAAAAAGAUGAAGACGACUACUACUAAAACGACAGGUUGAUUUCUUAAUUUUGUUUAUUCUGUUUUUACUGCCUGUUGAUGCUUUUAUUACAUUGGAAUUGGUGAUUUGUGGCUGUGAAAAUCAAUUUGAUGAAGAACGAGGAUUAAUUCCUUAAAAUCA